CUUCCUUAAAUACCAUCAUCUUUCUUCACACCACACACCACACACCACACACCACACACCACACACAUAGUAGCUAUUAUACUCUCUAGAGUAAUUGCGGAAUCUGCUAGAAUUUUCUAAUAAUGGCGAAAGACGUUGAGCAGGUCACAGAGCAAGGUGAAUACUCCGCGAAGGACUACCAUGACCCUCCUCCGGCACCGUUGAUCGACCCAGAUGAGCUCACAAAGUGGUCCUUGUACAGAGCCGCCAUAGCUGAGUUCAUAGCAACACUCCUUUUUCUUUACAUCACCGUGUUGACCAUUAUUGGCUACAAGAGACAGAGUGACACCAAAAUCCCCGGUAACACCGAAUGUGACGGCGUUGGCAUUUUGGGCAUCGCUUGGGCCUUCGGUGGCAUGAUCUUCAUCCUUGUUUACUGCACUGCCGGAAUCUCUGGGGGACACAUCAACCCUGCGGUGACAUUCGGGUUGUUCCUUGGACGCAAGGUGUCUUUGGUGAGGGCGUUGUUGUACAUGAUAGCACAGUGUGCCGGUGCAAUCUGCGGUGCUGGGUUGGCCAAAGGGUUCCAGAAAUCGUUCUACAACAGGUACGGAGGUGGGGUUAACACUGUCAGCGAUGGCUACAACAAAGGUACCGCUUUGGGUGCUGAGAUCAUUGGUACCUUUGUUCUUGUCUACACCGUUUUCUCCGCCACUGAUCCUAAGAGGAACGCUAGGGACUCUCAUGUUCCUGUGUUAGCACCACUUCCCAUUGGGUUUGCCGUCUUCAUGGUUCACUUGGCUACAAUCCCUGUCACUGGAACCGGCAUUAACCCUGCAAGGAGUUUCGGACCAGCUGUGAUCUUCAACAACGACAAAGCCUGGGACGACCAAUGGAUUUACUGGGUUGGACCGUUUGUUGGAGCUGCGGUGGCUGCAAUCUACCAUCAAUACAUUCUUAGAGGUUCUGCAAUCAAAGCUCUUGGAUCCUUCAGGAGCAACGCUUAAUUAAAAAAAAAAAAAAUCAAGUUUCUCCACUACCUAAAUUAUGAUGAUUUGGUCCUGUGUCACCCAAAACAAGAACAGUGUUUCAGUUCAAGUCUGUCUACAGGUCCCUCUCUUUUGGCUUUUCUGCUUACCCGUGGGUUUGGGGGAAAAGCCAAAUACCGUGGGCUCUUGAAUUUGUAGAUAAGAAUGCUUUUAUGUCAAGGGUGUAUUUGUAUCCCUUUUGUUUUUAAUUUCUUUUUUCUUCCAAGUAUUUAUCAUCAUGUGUUCACUUUUAUAUAAUGUGGAGGAUCAUUAGCCAAGUUUUCUUUUUGCCUGUUUCA